CAAAAUCCUCCCUUUCCCCUCUUUAUGAUUUCCAGUCACAAAAAAGCAUUAUACCCAUACUCCAUUUCUCCCCCUAUAAAAGACCUCACUCCCCUCCCUCUCUCUUCACUCCCAAACUAAGUCAGCGCCUCCAUUUUCAAUUCUCUCUGCAACCAUGGAUGAUGACAACUGGGAUCUCAACGCCGUCGUCCGAAGCUGCUCCUCCUCCUUCACUCCCACCCCUGCCGCCGACGCCUUCGCGGCGGCGCAAAUCCCCACCUCAAUUGAAAAAGAUUGCACCUUUGAACCAAGAAAAAUCAGCUUGGAAGAAGAUUUGCAUGAGCUCUGGAAACCCUUCUUCUCCAAGCAACAAAUCCAACAAAUCAACCUCCCCAUUUCCCCCCUUUCCGUUUUGCAAGAUCCAUCGCCCGCGGAUCAAGAAAUCAAGCAAUUUUCCCCCCAAAAUCAGCAGCCUUUUACCAUCGUCAGCGCCCCGAAACCCUCCCCACUGAAGACCAAAAAAAGAAAGCAUCACUCCAGGAACGUGUGCCAUGUCCCGGCAGACGGCAUCUCUUCCGACCAGUGGUCGUGGCGGAAAUACGGCUCGAAGCCCAUCAAGGGCUCCCCGUAUCCACGGGGUUACUACAGAUGCAGCACGUUGAAAUGGUGCAAUGCGAGGAAGCAAGUGGAGCGGAACAAAGCCGACCCGACUAUGUUCAUCCUCACCUUCACCGGCGACCACAACCAUGCCCCUCCAACUCACCGGAACUCGCUCGCUGGAACCACCCGCGCACCUAGGAAGACGGCGGAGGAAUCUCAAGCCGAGGUGGAGGAAGAUGAUUUGUUCGCCGGAUUGGAGGAUUUCUCCGACGUGGCGGCGGAGAUGGCGGACGAGGAAUGAAUGAAAUGAAAUGAAAUGAAAUGAUGCUUUUCUUCACCAUCACUUUUAUCCGUUGAGAAUCUACUAGAUCACAGCAUCCUUUUCUUUCUUUUUUUUUCGUUAAAAGAAUUAAAUUAGAUUUAAAUUUGGGUAUGAUAAAGAGGGUUUCUAGAGGAAAAGGAGAGUAGAUUCGAUUUCUUUUUUGAGGUGUUCG